CAAGCGUCAAAAUGCGGCUGAACUGACCCUCCCUGGUAAACAUGGCUCUCGGUAAUAUCCAGUGCUCAAAGUGAUUACAUCUCCGAAAGCCUCCAUCAAAAGAUACCUCAAAUCAUGCUUCAGCAACAAUUUCUAGGGAAUAUUUUCUGACUUCACCGAAACCAGCCGGCACAUCGAUAUUCAACUCAGAAGCCGUGGAUCUGGACGCAUGCCACUCCAAACUUUAGCCGAUGGCUUCCAGUGUUGUAGGCGUCAUCGCUGAAAUCCUGCUCGUCUCCUCGGGGGUCCGCUAUUCCAUCAAGGAAACCAGACAUCAAACAUAUAUGGAUUAAACUGGCAACGAAACGACCCUCUGCAACGGUCGCCCAUUCCAUGGCUGCCCAAUUUUGGAGCGAACUAUAUUUCAACUCUCCCAGAAUAGAACCGUCAGCUCAGUCGAUCUCGUACGUAAUGGCAGAUCUCACUGGUAACACAACGCCUGGUGAAUUGAUACGUCGCUUUUCAUGGGAUAUGGAGAGCAGGGAGAACCCCGGUGAGGACAGUGUGGAAUUCAAGCAACUACGGAGUGACUUUGUAGAGCACAUCAGAGCCAGUAUGGAUGAGAGUGAAACCGAAGCACCUCGCCUUGAUCGUUACUUCUCGAAAGCGAGGCCAGGCGAUGAAGAGGCGUUCAAGAAGACCAAAGCGGGACUACACGCAUGUAUGCAGGCCUUCCAGGCUCUGGUUCCUGAGGAACUUGGGGUGACAGUUAUCCCAGCAUCAUGGUCGGAUGUGGAGUUAGCAGUUUCGGCGGUGCAAGAACAUUGGGAAUCUCAGUCUCUAAACAGGAGUUCACGAGCAAGGGAAUGGCUCAGAAAGAUGUGUAAUGGCUUGAACAACCACAAGGCAGUUCUAGAUCUGCUUCCAAAGGAGUCCGAGUACGUCUCAGUAAUAGCCGGCGCCGUCGUCAUGAUAAUCAAAGCUUCCGCAAACUACACGAAAAUCUCUGAGUCAUUUGCAAAUGGCGUCAUUGCAAUCAACGACGCCGUGGCCUUGGUACAAGAUAACCAGGUUUACAACACACCUCGGCUACAAGAACUCUCUAUGCGUCUUUACACAGGAGUGUUCCGUUACCUCACGAAUUUCAUGACCUGGUUUCGGAGUAAGAGCAUGAAGAGAUUGCUAUGGAGUCUGAACGAGAACCUUGCACAGACGUUUGCAGAUGACAUUCAACAAGUGAAGAGCACCUCUACUCUAAUCUCGCAGCAGAUUCAGGUCUACAUGUCGAUGGACGUUCGGAUAUCAAAGUUGCAAGGAAGAGAAACAAAUUCGGUCUUGAAACACCUUAUAGCUCUGCUCGAGAACGGCGAGGCUCAGAGAAGGCUUCAAGUCGCAACCCAUGAGCGUAUGUUCGAGAAGAUGCUCACAGCGAGAUUCCAGAGGUCGGAUGAUGAGCUGGACAAAGUUGCCGCCAAGGUCCUGGAUGGUAUCAAGGAGGCUGUGAGACAGACCGUAUCCGGACAAGCCAUAGGAAACAUCCUAGAGCGGCAGGCGUCCAUGGAGACCGGGACUGACGACCAGAUCUCAAGCGAUGUGAAAACCAGGAACUUCGAUGACUCGGAUGACAAACUUGCGUCGUCUGCAGCAGAGAACUUUCCGUUGCCGUCACAGCACGAACAAGAUAUCAAGUUCUGGUCUGCCCACUUGGAAGACCAUUACGACAGCGAGCAAAUCUACCCUUUCCCUGAAGAACCCCAAGGAUUCUACGCCGAGACAAGGUUUGUCUCUCGAUUGAGUGAAUUUACGACAUCACCAGAAUCACAAGUUCUGUACGCCAUGUCCCGGUUUCGGCCCUUAGGCCUGAAUUUACUGCGCGUUUCAGCGGCCAAAUAUGCCGCCCUGUCACGAAGCAACGACGUUCCCGUCAUCUCGUUUUUCUGCCUGCCCCUGUUGGACGAUCCAGGCCAACACAUAGCUCUGCUGUACGCCCUCAUCCGGCAGACCGUCGAGCUUCUGGAUGAGAGCACCUCGAGAUCGAUGGACUCCGUCGAAGAAAAAGUGAAGAGUCUUGAAGGGACUGUCGAUACUUGGGAUGCGGGACUUGAGCUCUUCUCUGAGUUGGCAAUGAGGAUCCGACUCCCGCAACUGGUGUUUGUCAUUGACGGCAUCAACCUGCUAGAAGAUGACUCCGAUCACGCUGCUCAGGAGCGGAUCAGUGGAAUCGUUGGGGUUCUGAAGGAUCUUGCGUGUCCCGGAGCUGUCCCUGGCUGCCAUAUCAAAUUGCUCUUGACAACUGCUGGCUGGUCAACCUGUCUUUGUGAGGAGUUAGACAGCCAUCAGAUUGUGGUGUGCGAUAUCUCGUCACCAGUGGGGCAGGUUCCUCGAAGGUCAAAACGGUCCUUUCUGUAUUAGCUGGGAAUUCGUAACUCAGGAAGCCGCUUGCGACAUUCAAGAUUGAGUCUCGGUGUUUGUCGCCAAAAUUAUCUUACCAAAUGCAUUGUAUUAAUUUUAAAGUGAUUUCUUUUUGUUGUGGGUCUUCAAUGUAGAUUUCAGAUGUGACGAAAUUCCACCACUUAAUCUAGCAAUCAAUUCAUACAAACUUUGAAAAUUAA